AUGGUACCAGAAAGAUUGUAUACUUUACCACAGAGAAAGAGGAAGGAAUCGUUAGAUACUCUACGUAAUCAUCCUAUAUCACAACACAACCCUCAUAUCGCCCAAUCACACACUCACCACCAAUCUUCUCCCACUCUGUCAAGAGACACUAAAACGCCUACGCCACGCCAAAGGGAGCUACACCCAUAUGGUCAGCAACAACACCAGAAAAACGAAAUCAAACCCUCGACAACCAAAGGAAGGGAUAUCAGAACACCAAAACCCAUCUCGAAAGAACCACCUCCAGAAAGUAGAGAAGAACGGCACAAUCGUGUUCGUAAGCUAUCUUCGAGGGAAGUACUGUAUCCUACACCGGAAGCUGCCAAGGAAGCUUUCAGAGCUGAAAGAGCUAUGAACCCCCCUUCAAAGCAUCGUAGACCACCUACACCAUACACGUCUUCAAGGAGGGCAUCGAGUGUGCGUAGGGUGGAAAGUGAUCGAUCGAUAAGAUCUAGAGUAUCAUUCGAUUCUACCAGAUCAAGAAGAUCCAAUCGAUCAAAUAGAUCCAAUAGGUCAGGAAGGACAUAUGAUUCCGAUUCCGAUUCGGAUGGUACGAUGGGGAGUAAAUGGGAACCUUCAUUUGGGAGUAACGUGGGAAUCGGACCUGCAGGAGAGGCCAUCGAGGUUAUUGGCUUAGGGAGGAAGAAACCUAGACACCGAACGUUCAAUGCUGGAAUGCUGAAACCCGCUUUGAGAAGUACAUCGAGAUUGAUUUCUACAGUCGAUUUGAACCAAAAUGUACAGUCAUCAUCGACCAAAAGAGAAAAACCAUUACCUAGUAGACCAAUGUCUUACGUCGCACCUCUCGUCAACUCGUUAUCCAAAGUUACGGCUCCGGCUGGAAAGAAAAUCCAAAAGAGAUCAUCUCAUCAACCUACUCCUACACCUUUUGAGCACAAUCAUAAUGGCAAUCCUCUGUUAGGAGCCUCUUCAUCAGUCACGCCUACUUCUCGAAGUGUAUCCAGAAAUAAUGGCAAUGAAAACGGAAUCCGCUCACUCUUUUCAUCACUUUCCCUAGGUCCAAAUUACAACACGGCCUCUAGUUCACGACAUGAUAUAGUCGACAGCAACUCCUCACUACUUAACAGCGGUGUGGGCACCGGCACCAGAUCUACCAAUAUUGCACCGUCGAGGGCAUCCAGAAGACACUUGAUCACACCUGCGGACGACUUGCAUUCGUACCUUCGACAUGCCGAGGUUCAGUCCUGGGACAGAUGGCCACUUACUCCUGCUUCUCAAAAGAGAGGUCUGGGAUUGUGGGGAGGUAAGCGAUCGCUAGGUUUUGACGAGAUGAGCUGGGAAUGGCAUAGACGACUGGAGCUGGCUGAAGAGGCCAGAAUCCAAGGGAGGAUGUUGGGAAGUUGGGAAAUGCAGAGUCGGUGGGAGAAAGGGAUACUUGAUUGGCUUGAUGAGAACGUACCGAACUAUCCUAUUGAUAUGGCUAAUCGAUGGGGCACUCAAAUAUUCGCUCUACCAGCUGAAGGGUUCGAUACGCUCGAAUUCUUUGACGAAACGAUAAACCAAGCUGAAGAUUAUGGUUUACUCAGCUGGGUGACCGGAACACUCUUACAAACCGCCGUAUCCACCUUACACAUGUUGCGAUACUCCUCUUCGACCUUUACAUUCCAUCUAAUUCCAUCACCUAGACCACCACAUCUCCCUCAUUCCUCCUCACCGCCUAUGACCAGGGGUAAGAAUCAUUUCCUGUGGGAAGGCUUCGGUACCAUGGUCUUGGUAAAUAAGAACAACGAUAUUGAUCGAGCGAUGAUAUUGGAGAUCAGACCUCCUUCUGUCGUCGACUCGAGCGUUAUGAAAGAGUUCGCCAGAGGUAAGAAUGGUGAGGGUUGGUGGGGAUUUUAUGGAGAUACAUGUGUGGGUGAAGUUGGUCAGGCAAAUUUGCUACAAGCUCAGGUAUAUGACGAUUGUAUACAAAACCAAUGUCAUUUCUUCGCGGUGACAAAUUUGAAGUAUUGGGUUUUUGGCCAAUUUAAUUCCAACUGGUCCCGAUGUACCGUCAGUCCAGUUAUCCACCGUCAAGCUAGAGAUCCAUCUUUGAUGCAGUGUCUUACUGCUUGGGUUGUGAGAUCUGUUGAUGAGCGACCACGAGCUGGUGAGAAUCAUAGCAUCAUGUCAUCUCAGCUCCCCACUCCACCCCAGGAGAAUGAACGGGAACAUGGAAGACAUCGAAGAUCACAAUCACGUCCAUCUGAUGUACCCUCUUACUCCGAGAACGUUCGAUCACGAAGAUCCAACUCCCGAUCUUCGUUCUCCUUACCACCAAAUCCACAAGGAUACGAUUAUUCCUCGCCAGCACCUUACCCUCAACCCAACAUGGGUCCCACACCCGUCUACCCAAUCAGUACGCCCAAUGGCACGCAGACUGUAUUCCCGGUAAACAUGAAUAUGAACGUGCCCAACGAUUAUUCCUAUGGAUUACCAGCUUACUCCGAUAUCCCCCAUUCUCAUCCUCAAUCUGCAAUGUCACCGUCACCUUACAGCCAGCCUACCCCAGGACCAGGAGGCAUGAUGUUCCCGCAGUGGAAUGGGAUGCAUGUCAAUGGGACUUCAAGAGCGUUCAGUCCUGCGCCGGCUCCUCAACAUACUGGUACGCCCAUGCCAUACAAUUUCGGCAAUAGUUGGUAUGGUGGUGGAGGAGGCAUGUUCCCUUGGGCAGGGAUGAGGUGA